CCCCCCUUCUCCUUCUCCUCCGCCCUCCCCGGCGGCUCGGCCCGGCCCCGCUCCCCGCCCCGCAGCCGGCGGGAUGCUGAGAUCCACCGGCUACUUCCGCGGCAUCGACUGCCCGUUCCUCGGCGGCGGGGGCCCGGGCGGGGGCCCGCCCUGCCGCCGGCCCUACUGCCACUUCCGGCACCCCCCGGUGGCGGCGGCGCGGAGCGGAGCCUCCGGCGGCCCCGUUCUGCUCGGCCAUGGCGCAGAGCGAGGCUAUGACCCCUACAACCCAGACCUCCCGAGGCCCUCGCUGGAGGAGGAGGAGGAGGAUGAGGAUGGUGCUCUGGCUGACAUUACAGGUGUGACACCUGGUAUUCUGGAGUUGGAGCUGGUCAACAAGGCUAUUGAGGCAGUCAAAAACGAAGUGGAGAGAGAGCAGAAAAAGUAUGAGGAGCUUCUAGAAACCACCAAGGAGCUCAGUGCUGCAGAGGCCUCCGCGCUCCUUUCGAAUGUGCCCGUGUCAGCUGCUGGGACACAAAAUGAUUCAUUUCUCUCCUUAGAGUAUAGUCCAGGUAGCUACAACUUUAAUAAUAACUCAGACUACAACCCUACUCCUCUAGCUGCUGCUAGCCAGUCAAGUAAGUACACUUUGGAUGCUUCCAGAUCUAAAGGCAGUUCACUGGAAUAUGUUCCCAAAGCUGUAGUACAGAAUAAAAAAUAUGGUGGCACUGUCACUAAUAAUAAAUAUGUGAUUGAUGACUCAAAGCCUUCUACAGACUUGGAAUAUGACCCACUUUCAAAUUACUCAGCCAGGCUUUUGAGCAAAGCCACAACAAAGGAGCCCAAGGGGGCUAAAAGGGGCAGGGUGUCCAGUUAUGAGGGCUCUUAUUCUCCAUCACGAAAGAAGCUCUGUGAAGUAGCUGAUGACUAUGAAGUGUGUGCCAGGUUUUCUUCCUCUGAAGAUGAGGCUGAUGCAGAAUACAAGCCAACUUCUGUGAGUUCACAGUCAAAAGCUGGUUCUGAAAGUGAAUCCAGUGAUGGGUUCUCCAACAAAGAGCAGAGCACCAAGCUGGAUGACUUUGCUUCCCAGGAUAGCAAAGGAUCAGCAGCUCCAUAUGGCAUGGAGGACCUUCCAAGUUCCCAGAAGAAUCCUGGCAAAAACUUCUCAGACAAGAAUGCAAAAGCAGCAAAAUUGUGUUCUGGUAAAAAUGAGCAGGAAAUUGAAAAUAAGAAUAAAGACUCAAAAGACAAAACAAAAAGGAAGAAAUCAGAUGUUAGUAAAACACCCGGUGUCAGUGAGGUUGGCAAGAAGGAGAAAAGUAAAAGUACAGAAAAAGACAAAGUGGUGAAGAAAGAAGAAAAAUUGAAAUCCAAGAAUGAAGAGAAAAACUGUAAAGAGAAAAGUGUCAAAGUAAAAAUGGAUGGGAAUGUAAAGAAACCCGAAAAACAAAAGUCAGAGAAAGUAGAUGGGCUUAAGAAAGAAAAAUCCAAGUCUGCCAGCAGUAGUUCAGGGAAAAGCAAGAGUGAGGGUGUCAGCAAAGGCUCCCCAGAGAAGCUGGGGAGCAGCAAGAAGGACUCCAAGCUGAAAGCAGCUGAGUUGAAGAAUGGUAAGGAAACCUCUGGUCAUAAAAACAAAGAGAAAGGGACCAAGACUCCAGCACUGGAGAGAAAGAAAGAAAACAGUUCUACAGAGAAGGGAAAUCCAAAGAAGGGUCGGAAGCAGAGGAGUUUGAGUCAUGUUGACCUGUUUGGUGAUGAGAGUGGGGAUGAGGAUGACAAAGGUCGCCCUUUGCCCUCCACCUUACCUGACGUGAGCUCAGACUCGGAUGGGGGUGACUGUGGAUCAGACUCUGAGAGUGAAAAUGAAGGGACAAAGAAAGUGAAACGCUCUAAAUUGUCCAAGUCAUCGUCGUCUUCCUCCACAACAUCUGAUGACAUUGAUUAUUCCAUUCUGGAGAAAGAGUUGGACUUGGAGUCAGAUCCAAUGGAAGAGUGUCUCAGGAUUUUUAAUGAGUCUACAGAUGUGAAAACUGAAGACAAAGGAAGGCUGGGGAAACAGGUAUCCAAAGAGGAAGGAAAUGAUGAAAAGACAGAAGAUAAUUUAACUACCUUGUUUCCUGGCCAAAAAAGAAGGAUCUCUCAUCUUGUCAAACAAGGAAAUGCAGAGGUCCCCAACAAGCCCGUAGUCCGGCCCUACCGUCCCCCCACGGCUCAGGAGGUCUGUUACCAGAGGAUCCAGCUGGCUCAGCAGCAGGCAGCACAGCUGGCUGUGGCCGUUCAGAAGGCCUCUCUUUCUUUGCCAGGAGAAAAGAAGAGGAUUGCUCACGUGCCAAAUGCAGCCCUUUCUGCAGCAGCCAAACAAAGCCUUGUGAGUAGUAAGACAACUGUUGCUGGCAAGAGUGUGACACCUUCCAAUGACUCUGAGGCACCCAACCUUUCUCUGAAGGCUUGCACCUUAGCUGGGAUGGCUUCAAAGACCACCAGCACCAUCGUGCCCAAAAGGAUAGCACAUGUUCCCUCCUUGCAGAGUGCCACCUUACAGAGGCCUGUUAUUCCCACAGAAUUUGGUGCUAAAGUCCCAACAAACAUUCGUCAAAGAUAUCUCAAUCUCUUCAUUGAUGAGUGCCUGAAAUUCUGCUCCUCCUCCCAGGAAGCAUUUGACAAGGCUCUGUCAGAAGAGAAGGUGGCUUAUGAACGUAGCACCAGUCGCAACAUCUACCUGAACGUGGCAGUGAACACCCUGAAGAAGCUCCGGAGCCUGGUGCCCAGUUCUCCCUCCAGUACCAACAAGACAAGCAACAAGAAGGUGGUGUCUCACGAAGCUGUGCUGGGAGGGAAGCUGGCUGCUAAGACAAGCUUCACUCUGAACCGCUCAGGGAGCUUGAGAGCAGAGGAUUUAACAGGAGCUGCCUUGUACCGGCGCCUGAAGGAGUAUCUGAUGACUGAGGAGCAGCUCAAGGAAAAUGGGUACCCCAUGCCUCACCCCGAGAAGCCUGGCCGUGCUGUCCUCUUCACUGCAGAGGAGAAGAAGACAAGUGACUCCUCCUGCAGGAUUUGCUGUCGCUGUGGCACCGAGUACAUGGUCUCAGCCUCUGGGAGCUGCAUUCGCAAGGAGGAGUGUGUCCACCACUGGGGGAGGCUGCGCAAGCAGAGAGUGCCAGGUGGAUGGGAAACUCAUUACAGCUGCUGCUCAGGAGCUGUGGGCUCACCAGGCUGCCAGGUUGCUAAACAACAUGUCCAUGAUGGACGAAAGGAGAGCCUUGAUGGCUUUGUGAAGACCUUUGAGAAGUUGCCUACAACUGAUGGCUACCCUGGAAUCUACUCCUUAGACUGUGAAAUGUGCUACACCAAGCAAGGACUGGAGCUGACAAGAGUGACUGUGAUCAACUCAGAACUGAAAGUGGUGUAUGACACCUUUGUCAAACCAGACACCAAGGUGGUGGAUUAUAACACCAGGUUCUCGGGUGUGACAGAAGAAGACCUGGAGAACACCAGUAUCACCCUGCGGGAUGUCCAAGCCGUCCUCCUGAACAUGUUCAGUGCAGAUACCAUUUUGAUAGGGCACAGCUUGGAAAGUGACUUAUUUGCACUAAAGCUUAUCCAUGGCACAGUGGUGGACACGGCCAUCGUCUUCCCCCACCGCCUGGGGCUGCCUUACAAACGGGCUCUGCGCAACCUGAUGGCAGACUACCUCAAGCGCAUCAUCCAGGACAAUGUGGAAGGGCACGACUCCAGUGAGGAUGCCAGAGCCUGCAUGGAGCUGAUGGUCUGGAAGAUCAAAGAAGAUGCUAAAGUGAAGCGAUGACUUGGCUUUCUCUCUCUCUUCUUCCUCCUCCACCUCUUGGAAGCAGUGCAAUAAAUGCUGGCAGUAGCACUGUCCACCUGCACGCAGCAGCAUGCACCUCCAGGCUCCUCCUGCUCCCAGGAAUCCAUGGGACUUCCAGGACUGCACCAGCUCACUGCCUGCAGGUCCCUGCCUCCAGGUAGUGGCUCUCACAUCCUCUUUCUUCCACCCAAAGGAUUUUCUGUGGUACAACAGUUGCCUUCUAGGCAUGGCAAGGUGGUUUUGAGUAGCACAACCAGAGAGAACUUCUUGGUUCCUAGGAGGAGCUUUUAGAGGUAGGUUGGAUAUGUGCAGAAGGAUCUUUCUGGUUCAGUUAAAGGUAGAUCUUUUUUUUUUUUCUUUUUUUUUUUUUUUUUUCCCCCCUAAAUGUAACUUAAAUUGCCUCUGGACUCCAAAGCUGGUAGAUUCCUGCAGGGCUUGGAGAUGUGGGGGGAGAUGGAAGGAAGUUGGGCAAGAAGCUGUGAAGUGAGUGGUUUGUGUAGCUGGUGUGUGAACAGCAAGGGGUGGGAAAGCUGAGGGUCAAACCAUCUGGGAGGAGAUCCAGGUGCAGACCCACGUGGAGGAGAAAGCCAGAGGAGUGAGGGGGGGGGUCAGGGGAACCACUGCCUGCUGCCACCCACCAGGGAUCUCCUGUGAGGGCUGCCAUCCUGCUCCUGCAGGUGCUGGGAAAGGGAGAAGCCACCAGUGUCAGACCUUGCCACCACCUCAGGGAAUGGGUGUGUGGGGUAGUGAGGCAGGGACAGCAGGGCUGGGACAAACAGGGCCAGCAGCAACCUGCAGCCAGGCUUAGGGGGACAGUGACAAGAGCUGGGCUUGUGUCUUUGCAGGUUAGGACAAGCUGUCCUGACCCUGAGCUUCCAGCACGUGUCCAGCAAGCACAUAGGUAGGGGUCAAGGUUUGGGGUCCCCUAGCAGCCUGCAGGGCUCCCCCCCAGCCUGUCCCUCAGAGCAGGGAUUUGAUGCAGGCAAGAACAAAAGCAAUAGGUAAAAAUGACUCUUUUAAACUAGUUUACAUGUUGGGUGUUUUAAGAAGAGCAGAAGAUACUGUUUGUCUGUCCCAGACUGUCCCUGUCUCUGUCAUGGUUGCAGCAGGGGCAGCCUGGGCAGCUCUGGGGGUCUCUGCUCAGGCUCUGGGGAACAUCAGAGCUGACUGAGGUGGUCCUUGGUAGCUGAGGUUCAUUGCCUGAGGUCUGGGCAGCAGCUCAGUCCCAGCAGGGCUGGCAUGUCUCCAUGGUGGCUGGGCUGUGUGCUGCAGCCAGGGUGUCCUGCUCGGGCUGCUGGCACGUGCCUGAGCCCUGGUGGCUCUCCUGUCCCACCACUGUCCUCAGAGCCUCUGCCAGGCUCUCCUGAAGCCACCAGGAGAAGCAGAAACUAAAGGCACCUGUUCCUGCUGAGCCCCUUCCAUGUUCCUCUGGCAGUGGCACUUGUCACCCCACGUUUCAGGCCAGGCAGGUCCCCGUGUUCCCGCAGCGCUCAGCACAUCCCCCUCGUCCCACAGCCACCUCCUUCCCUGGGGAGCAGCCUCAGGACACUUUGUCCUGUCCCCCUCUCCCAUUGCCUGCAAGGAACCAUGUGCUGUUCCUGCCCAGGAUGUGGUAGAGCAGGAGAGAAAGCUCAGUGCUUCCCAGGGAAGGAAGGUUUGUUCCCACUUCUCCUUCCUGUAUUUAUCCCCCUGUUAAUUUCCCUGCUGGGCUGCAGCUCCUGUCCCUGGAGCAGCUGCCCAGCCACGUUCCAUUCCAAAGCUAGCUCUUACCUCCAGGUUCCCAAACAGACAUUCCCAGCUCCCUGGCCCUCUCCUACUUCCUUCCUUGGAAAAGCCAGCACCCAGUUUGCUGGUAUCCUACUGGGGGGCUCAAUCCCACCUCCCAGGCCUGGGGAGCAUCACUGCAGCCCACCUUCCUCUGGGCACCAGUCCCACCAGGCCACCACCAUCAUUUCCCUUGCCUUGCCCCACGCUUCAGCUGGGACCCCCUAAAAUGACACCUCUGGGGUGGGCUGUGGUGGGCUGGAGGUUGCCUGUCCCAUGGGGUGUUGCUGGGAAGAGGGGCACCUCCACCCUUGCUGUGGGUGAGGAGCUCACGUUGGACCCGUCCCCGGGCGCCGUUAACACUAAAACCAGAGGUUUGUGGUUGGUGAAGAGGUUUUUGGGUUGUACAUAACUAUUGUAACCUGUAACUCUUUUGUAAUUGUUUUUAAUAAAAGGGUGUUGACUAGA